CUUAAUUAACUUUGGAUUAAACCGUCAUCCGAUUCGAUUUGAUUCCUACAAAAGGUAAUCCGGUAAAGAAGUCGAGCAGGAUCGGUAAAGCAGUCGACGCAGUAAAGCAGGCAAAGUCUAGCUGCCCAGAUCUGAUUCGCAAACAAGCCCUUCGUCGAACAACCUAUGAAAGUCCCCCCAAAUGAAAUAUCAAUUGAUCCAAAACGGAUAAGCAUCCCUGUCUGUGUACUUCAAAUGAAAUGGCUUAGGGAAAGGUCAACUAGGGCUAUGAAAAACUUUGAGUCUAGAUCGUCGCCUCCUUCUUUCAACGACUCCCAGGAAAGAGAGAGAGACUUUUCCUUCUCUCAACCCUCCGCUUGCUUGUAAAGCUUUUGAGAUGAGACUUAACCAUUCCAUAGGAUUUACAUUCGGGGCGAGGUGUGCUAAUAAUUUCAAUAAUGAGAUUGAUCCAGUAGUGGUACGGAGUCAAAGUCUAUAAGUGAUUGGUUAGUGAAAGCAUAAGAGAUUUAUCCAGAAACUGGGAAAGGCAAAGUCCAUUAAGCUUUCUCUCAUCAAUUCCCAUGAGAGCCGAUCAUAUGCUUGCUUUCUCUAGGUCAACCUUGACUGCAAUAUCCUCUCUUUCUUUUCUAUCAUCUUAUUCAAGGUAGUAAGCAAGGUUUCUUGGACAACUAUAGGAUUCUCAUUAUCAGAACUCUACCUUAAAGCUGCCAGGUUGCUGGAAAUGUGUCGUGUAUGCUAUCUUACCUAAGAGCUUACCAUUUGCCUUGUUUUCUCUACUGGGAUCAUCUGAAGAUUGAUGGAUCAGCACUUCAUGUCAAAAACGUGAAAGCAUCGUCAUCAUCCGAGCCUUUAUCGAAAAGAAUUUGGGGUCAGCUUAUACGAGAAAGCUACUUCCUCAAAUCUGAGCAACACAACAACAAUAUAAUACAACAAAGCUAGAACUAUCUGAUCAGCUAAAUCGUUUAUACAAGAACCCAAAUAGGGCUCCUGCAAAUCAUGGGAGUUGCCCAAGUUUUUACUCUUCUCUUCUUCAUCAGCUCGAUUGGGUACCUGCAUGGAGCUAUUAUCAACAAGAAGCACUACAUUGUUUACAUGGGAGAGCACUCGCAUCCAAAUUCAGAAUCGGUGAUAAAAGCAAACCAUGAGCUGCUAACAUCAAUCACUGGAAGUUUCAAUGAGGCACAGCGAAUGACAGUUCACCAUUAUAGUAAAAGCUUUAGAGGCUUCUCAGCCCUGCUUACACCAGACCAAGCUCAGAAACUUGCAGAAAGCGAUUCAGUGGUUUCAGUGUUCGAGAGUAAGAUGAACAGGAUCCAGACCACACAUUCAUGGGAGUUUCUAGGGAUAGACUCUUCUCAUCAACACAACCAAGUGCCAAUGGGCUCAACAUCCGACGUUAUUGUUGGUGUCAUCGACUCUGGAGUUUGGCCCGAGUCUGAGAGCUUCAGUGACAAGGGCCUAGGUCCUGUGCCCAAGAAAUUCAAGGGAGAAUGUGUUCCUGGUGAAAAUUUUACAUUAGCCAACUGCAACAGGAAAAUUGUAGGUGCCCGGUUCUACUUCAAAGGAUUUGAAGCAGAAUACAGGUCCUUAGAAUCUUUUGGUUCUACUUUCUUUCGGUCACCUCGAGACAGCGAAGGCCAUGGAACCCAUACAGCCUCAACCAUUGCUGGAUCUGUGGUGGCCAAUGUUAGCUUGUUUGGGAUGGCCAGAGGUACGGCAAGAGGAGGUGCACCAAAUGCCAGGCUUGCCAUCUACAAGGCAUGUUGGUAUGGGCUGUGUAAUGAUGCUGAUGUCCUCUCUGCCAUGGAUGAUGCAAUUAAGGAUGGAGUCGAUAUCCUCUCUCUUUCUCUUGGCCCUGACCCUCCACAGCCUCUUUACUUCCAAGAUGGAAUCUCAAUAGGAGGUUUCCAUGCAUUCCAGAAAGGAAUACUUGUCUCUUGCUCCGCAGGAAAUGCCGGUUUCCCAGGGACUGCAACCAAUGUUGCUCCUUGGAUCGUUACUGUUGCUGCAAGCUCUGUGGACAGGGGGUUCUACUCCUUUAUAUAUCUUGGAAAUUCAAAGAUCUUGAAGGGUUUCUCCAUAAAUCCUCUGGAUAUGGAAACCUCAUAUGGUUUAAUAUAUGCUAGAGAUGCAGCUGCACCAGGCAUUCCAGCAAAGAAUGCAAGUUUUUGCAAGAACAACACUCUUGACUCUACCUUAAUAAAGGGGAAGAUUGUGGUAUGCACCAGCGAGACGUUUUUUGACGUCCGAAGAGAGAAAAGCAUUUUUGUGAGACAAGGAGGAGGUGUUGGAAUGAUACUCGUUGAUCCACCUGCUAUAGGUGUUGGUUUUCAGUUUGUCCUUCCAGCCACUGUGAUUGGUGAAGAAGAAGCACAAGAGCUUCAAAAGUAUAUGACGACAGAAAAGAAUCCAAUUGCCAGGAUCUCCCUAACCGUAACAGUCCUGAAAACAAAACCUGCCCCAGCAAUGGCUGCCUUUUCUUCCAUGGGACCAAAUGUCAUAACUCCAGAGAUAAUUAAACCGGACAUUACAGGACCCGGUCUGAAUAUAUUGGCAGCAUGGUCUCCUGUGGCAACUGAAACCGCAGCCGAGCGAUCAGUUGACUAUAAUAUAGUCUCUGGAACCUCCAUGUCCUGCCCACAUGUUACUGCAAUUGCAGCAAUUUUGAAAUCACAUCAACCUUCAUGGGGUCCAGCAGCAAUAAAAUCUGCAAUGAUGACAACAGCUACGGUCCUGGAUAACACCAGAAAACUGAUUGGAAGAGAUCCAAAUAACAACCAGACAACACCUUUAAACUACGGAUCUGGGCACAUAAACCCAGUGGCAGCACUUAAUCCUGGACUCAUUUAUGACUUCGAUUCCAUUGACAUUAUAGACUUCCUCUGCAACAGUGGUCCAAGCAAUGCGCAAUUGAAGAACCUCACAGGGGAAUUAACUUACUGCAAAAACCCUCCUCCACCAUCCUAUAAUUUUAACUACCCCUCAAUUGGUGUGUCAAACAUGAAUGGAAGUUUAUCUGUUUAUCGAACAGUCACCUAUUAUGGCAUAAAACCAACCAUUUAUGUUGCUUAUGUGGAUUUUCCAGCUGGAGUUAAAGUUACUGUUAAACCUGCCAAGCUAAAGUUUAUUAGGACUGGGGAGAAAAAAACAUUCAGGCUUGAUCUGACACCAGUCAAAAGCAGUAACGGAAGCUUUGUUUUUGGGGCUCUGACAUGGACUAAUGGAAUGCAGAGAGUGAGGAGUCCUAUUGGUCUCAAUGUGCUAUCUGUGUAGAAACAAUUGUAUGCAUCACAUGUAUUUCAAAUUUGAAGUUCCAUAAAAGUUUAAGUUUAUCUGGUUGAAUGCUAAUCCAGGACUCUAUAAUGUAUCCAGCGAAAGAUUCAAUUGAGUCAGCAUAAUUAUCCUCUUACUUUA